GAAUAGUUCCCAAAGUUAGCCCGUUACUCCGAUUGCGAUGAAGUGCCUUCUGGUGGCGAUAGCGUUCUUGAUCACUUCCACCAGUGUAGGUGCUCUCGUGCACUAUAUGAAACUGGAAAAAGGACAAAACGGCUGCAAGUCCCCCAAGGGUACAGAGAUGGCUGUGGGUGAUGUGGAGCAGGAUGAAAAGAGUUGUGGAGCUAUUACGUGUCAAAAUACGGAAGGAGAUGCUUUUGUCCACUUCUGUCAGAUACCAGCCACAUUUGCGGAGUGUGUGGAUACCGCUGUUCUGACGGACGUGGACUUUCCACAAUGCUGUUGGACAUGUGCCGCUUGGGCGAACUGUGAUGGCGGCGGUGCAGCAGGAGCAGAAGGUGCUCCUCCUGGCGACGGAGCUCCUCCAGCAGACGCACCACCCGCUGCAAGAAGCAAUCUAAAGAAUCAAAAACCCGCGGAAACUACUACAGAAAGUGAAAAACCACGCACCAGGGGAAAAUGGGGCUCCAAGAGGAGCACUACCAUUCCCGAUGAAUCCGAGUUUCCCGGGGGAGAUGUCAAUAUAAGGUUUGGCGGUGGCACACCGAUCUCCAAGUUUGGCGAGGACAGCAUUUAAACUCAAACUCAAAACCGCGAUAUGUUUGAGGAACCUCCCUAGUUAUUAAUUUAAAGCUCGAUUCCGAUCAUAAAUAAAUGACACGGCAAUGUGCACUUCAUUUGUCUCCUCGCAAAAGUGACCCACAUAUAAGCACGUCAGAUCGGGAGUGAUACUCGUAUCUUUGCCGGCAUAUUUCUGGUUUUCGUGUGAUUGUUGUUCCUCCUGUUGGAUUUUUUUUUCGGUUUUUUAAUUAGCCGCCGCUGGCGAACAAAUCGGGCCGAAAAAACAGGAAAAGGGUUUCGAUCGGGUCCUUCAACCCGGAGUGAAAAAAUUCAAAAACCAUAAAGCGAAGACGACAGCGCAUACGAGAAAAAUUGAAAACCAGAUCUCCGCGCCAGUUUCGGGUUUGAGAAUGGGCAUUGGAUUGGGAUUGGACUUGGACGUGGACGUGGAAACGAGAGCUUGAGCAGGUAGGGCCUGUUGUCUUCCGCAGAGCACUCCACCCUGGAGUGAAACAGAUUCGGCAUGAUGUACAUUAAACGGGAAAGACAAGAAUAAACCCCGAACAAAAAAUGAAAUGAAAUGAGGCACCGAAAUCCCAAAAGCUUUUUCGCCCAGAUAAUUUGUGAGUGCGGCUGCAGUUGACACCGAAAGACCCCUACGGCCAGCAGUACGCACAUAAUUACUAUAUACAAACCCAAAUCCUGCGCCGAUUUUGAUCCUUGCUGCGAAAUGGUGAAUCUCAUUGAAAAGUUGCGCAACUACAAUCAAACAUUUCUGUCUUAACAAAAAAAACCUCUUUGGAGUACAGAUUUUGUUGUAUUUUAUUUACUUUUUAUCUAUAGAUAGAUGGACUUUAUCACCAUAGAUUUUAUUACAUCUAAAACCAGUAAUUACAAUAAAAAAUAAUAAUAAAGUUAGAAAGAAAAUGUAUAUGAACUUUUAAAUGUAUAAUUAUUAAAUUUACAUCCUAUUUUUAAGAAUUAUGACUAAACUUAGUAAAUGUACUUUUUUAGAGUAGGGUAUCAGCUGCUCUGCCGCUGCGCUGCUCUUAUUAAUUGAGUGAGCAUGUCCAUUUUGAGGACAGCCUCCCAGAAGGGAGGGGAAACGAAAAAGAAAUUACAAUAUGAGUCAAAAAAGAAAAUAACACAAACUGAGGACGAGCCAAAAUUUAAAAAAAAAAUAAAAAAUAAUAAUAAUGAACAGAAUUCAAUGGCUACGACUUAUUCAGGAGUAACGUAACCAGUUAAUCAGGUAAAAGGCCAACGUGACAAAGUUCCGAAAACCAUGCGGUUGCAACAUGUUCGGUGCGAGCGAGACGCCAAUAGGAUUAGACGCAACAGGGCGGCGAGCCGCAAGCGAGAGUAAGAUGCCGCUACCGACCGGCGUUGGCUAAUAGAAAUGCGACAACAAAUAACAAGAUUCCCGGCAUGUGAGAGCGAGCAGGAGGGACAGACGGCGGAACAGCUGUGCGGGAUGCAACACGUUCGACGUCGCGCUGCUGCCGCUUCGACGUAACGUGCCGAGCAGAGAACGAAGAUAUAGUGUUCCCAAAUCUAAGCGUUAUUAUGAAUACAGUUGAUCGUGGGCCUCGUGCGCCAGUAGACGUAAAGUUCCAGGAAAAUAGAAAUAAAAAAAAACAAGAAAAUAGCAACCAGCAAAUAAACAUAAGAAAAAAAAACCAGAACCCUUGAGGAAAUCAAAAGUCAAGAGGAGCGGACAAGUGCAACGUACGAAACUCGGUCAAGUGUUAAGAGAAAUUUCAAAUAACUUCUAAUGAAUUCUAAUUCGUAACGGGUGUGUGUGUGCCAAUCGGGAGCCAAACGAUAUUUUUAACACCUACCGGGCUUUACGCGUGUUUCACACAUUUCCAGCACCACCACCAACUCCCAGCACCGAUGAACGCGAAUUUGAUUCCGAUUCACUGAAAGAAAAAAGAGGCGCGAAACAAGCGCGCGACUUAAAGCCCGGCUGGCAAAAUUUUACACGUGUCUCGAUCGCUGAUUCACGGUUACGUUGUAUGCCCAAAAAUUAUAGGCAAUUAAGCAAAUUUUCCACAAUUGAUUAUCAUUGAAAUACGGCAAUGCCAAAAGCAAUGUGCUAAUGAAAGUCGCAGCCAAAAAAAGAACAAAGAUUUCUGUAACCGUCGACGGAAGCUAAACUUCAUGUCAUGAUUUAAUAAUCACAAAGGGCCCACGGAAGCACCAAGUCGAGUCGCCAAGGUAACAGGUGUCACCUAGACUGAACCAAAGAAUCAGCUAAGACCUUUAACAUACUUUCGAAAUAUAUAAGAAGUUUCUAAGCCAAGCUUAUGUUAGCUUAAAUUCUAUGUAGGAAAUUCCUUUUCUGUAUAGAGUGUUUUUCUAGUCUUUAUUCCAAAGGAAAUGUGGUAAAUUUCACCUUUGCCCAGCAGUUUAUUAUUAAGUUGCUAACGUAACCACAUUUCCAAACUUUAUCAAAUUAUAUUAUUUUUCUCAUGAUGCCACAAAAAGGCGUUCAUUGCUUUUGAAAUGCUCAAGCCCCCUUUUUCGCAGCUCAAUUUCACUUUGAUUAAUCAAUGAAAGCCCGUAAAAGUCAAAUCGGGCGGGAAAGCAAAGAUGGCAAGGGGCGCGACUAGUGGUGGGGGCGGGUGAACUAAUUGAUAAAAGCAAUAGUGGCGACAGAGAAGCGGCAGAGCGCCAAAAAGGAAGCCGUGAAACCGUUACAAUAUACACGACAAAGGAAUGCGUCACAGUUAAAAAUCAAAUCAUCCAUUAACGUAACGGCAACAGCGGCACAACGCAAACGUUCCUGCGUUACAACAUGUUUGAAGCAGCGCUGCCGACGCCAACGCUUGAAGAAGAUCGCGGUUAGAGAUGGUCGCGUGCCGCAAACACGUUUAGUUUGAAAUGCUAUUCGCUUGAAUUGUUUCACCAUGCAACAGUCACAGAUUAAAUAACAUAAGUAAUUGCAUAAGUGGAAACAAAAGCUUUUCAAACUAAAACGAUUUCUCAGACCAAUAUUGUCAUACGAACUUCUAGCAUAGAAACGCCUUACCCCCAAACACACGUGGUCUUCGCAGCGUGUUCGUGUCACGCAGCAAACAUCGUGCGGCGCUGCCACCUCUAGCCGCGGGCAGCGCAGCCGUCGGCGGAGCUCGUCGGCGCCGCAGCUUUCAAUUCUUUUUUGGUGCUCGAUCGUGACGGUUUGCUCGCUCUCCGCUGCGCCGCUCUUUCCGUUGCAUGUGUGUGCGGGCGUUAUUGUGCAUGUUUCCGGUGGCCGAAAAAAAAAAUAUAGUCAAAUAAAAUAGGAGAAAAAAACCAAGAAUAAUAACAGCCACACGAUAAACAGUGUGCCAAAGUGUGUGUGUGUGUUUGGUUGUGUGCAUCUCGCGUAACAACAAUAAUUGCAUUUAUCGGAUGGCGCCAGCUUCAAUUUAAUUAUAAAUAACAUGUUCAACUUUUUCUACGAUUUUUCCUGCGUCAAAGUGGGCGUUACAACCGCCCUCGGAAAAUCACGCGCCCCGGUUCAAAGUUAAAGUUUGUUGGGUAACGCACACACACACACACACACACCACACUUACGCGCUCACACGCAUAUUUCAAUAAACUAAUGGAGCCUGGCUUUGUUUUUGUUUUUACUUUCAACCCACUUGAGCACAGCACACCGAGAAAAAAAAUCAAUACUCGUUAUGGGAUUAAAUUUACAAAGCGGAAAGCAAAACGACAAACAAAAUGAAAAGAAAGAAACACUCAAAUAAACUCGCAAAGAAUUCCUUAUCGCCAAGGGGGCCAAUGUUCGCCAAGGUUCUGUCGCCUGAGAACUUUGAGCUUCCUCUGGAAUAAAGGAGAUUAUAAUGUACAAAUAAUGUUGGAAUAACCAGUUAAGCAGAAUAAACCCAAUGGAAUACCGACCGGAAUCUUGCUAAUUAGCAAGGACAUCUGUUCACAUCUUACCGGGCAGCAUUAGAUCCUUUUUAUAACUCUAAUACUGUCAGGUAAAGAUGUCGUCCGUGUCCUUAACCUUCAGUAGCACCAGCAAAAAAAAAAAUGAAAAUGCCCAAAAAAUCAAACAAAUCAUAAAAGUCCAAGGAAAAACAAGUUUUUCAAUUGUGCGUCGCGCCAAGGAGCUGGAACAGAGAAUAAAAAGAGUGGAUAAUGCGGAGACAAGCGGCAGAAAAUUGGUCAUAAAUUCUUAUUUUUUGCAGCGGCACAACGACGCGUUUUGGGAUGACAUCAGUUGAAUAAGUAAAAAAGUAAAAAAAAAAAAAAACAAGAAAAAUAAAAGCCGAGGCGAGAUCGUUCCGAAUUCCCAUUAUUUUACCAUUCCCGGACCCCGGCGGAGUCUGCAGGUAACCCACUAAAUACCCUAUACCAUAUACUGCAUACUGUAUACCACACACUCUAUAGAGAAAGACUGCGAGAUCGUAUAAAAAAUGUAUUUUAUGGUUCCGCUCGCUUCGGAGGCUGCUGGCUGCUCGCUGGUUUCUUAAUUUUAACGCGGCAGCAGCGUUUAGUGACAAAAAUCGUCUUCUUUUAUGAUGAACCCCCUACCCUACCCCUAUACCAGCCAACAACUCUAUAGCCACAAAUUUACGAUUAUAGUCAACUAGCCAAGGCAGCAGCAGGUUGCUUGAGUUUCAUUUCGGUUCGCUUGCUUUCGUUACUCGUCUUUGCCCCGCCCCUCUGCGCAAAUGCUCAUAAUUUGAAAUUAGAGAAAUGUGAAAUAUGAGACCACGGCAAAAGCUGUCCGUAAUCAAACAAUUAAAUGCUUAUAAAUCGCCGAAACGUGAUCGGUGAAAACGCAGCUCAGUUAAUAUGAUUUAUACGAGGAGGACAUGUGCUUGCGGUUGCAAUAAUUGGGCGGAACUUCAAGUUUUAUUCAAGGAAAUUAUCGCACCUGUUGGACAUUACCUAAGAGAUUUUAGUAAAGAGGCAGGUUUCGACUAGGAAGUUGAGCAUAUAAUUAAGCAAGCAAGGCAAUUAUUGUCCAGAUUAAUAUGAGCGUCUUAAUUAACGCACGUUUACCAAACAGGUUGCAUAAGAUUUGUUUUCUAAUAUUUGAAAUCUUUCCAAUCGCAACUAUUUCAAUAAGGUUAAAUAUGUUUCGCUAGAUUAAUUCCAAACUGACACCUGAUCAGAUAGACUUUCUUAUCUGCCCAAAAUCUUUUAUUCCAUUUGAGUAGAAAUUUCCUUUCGUCAUCCACUCAGUUGCCUGCAUUUAAAGUUAUUGAUAAGACUUUGCCCUCUUCCGAGACCAGAUAAGCAGACUGGGAAGCUGAUCCCGACCAGAGAUUGUGCGUAUGGUUUUCGAAUCUAUCUUUACGAGUAUCUGUAUCUCCCGCUUUCCGUGACAACAUCAAUCCGUUGAGUCGAGUCGAGUCUGUAAUAACAUGCAAAACAAAUACAAAUUCCAGCGAGUGCCACCUGGCAAACAACCGACUUAAUUGUCAAGAGUGUCCGUCCAGAGUUACUGGCAUACCACCUAUAUGGUAUUUAUACGAAUAUAUGGCUGAGCCCACAUUCAAGAGAGACUCUGUUUAUAUAGCGACCCACCGACAACGGAUAGAUAUAUGACGCCAGUUCCAACAGUCGAGUAUGUACUGUACAUAUUUAUGUAUGUACUGAAGGAAUAGGGAUCGUAAAAGCGUUUACAGGGCUUUUAAAUUUUACAGUUUCUUGUCCCAGUGGGUAUAGUUUUAGUUGCUCGUUUCUAGGCCGAUGGGGUGGCGGUGGGGGUUAAUCUAAUCAGGAAAACAGAAAAAAUGCGUUAGUCUCGGUCUCGGUCUAGCCUGGUCGAAACGAUCCCCGUAAGGCGGAACGACCAACGUAACCAGAACGAAUAUAACACCUGUUAAUGAACUUAGCAGUGACUCUAAUUAAAUGUAUACACCUUCGACUGGGGCUCCCAAUACCCUUACUCCUCUGGCUUUUUUUCCUGCUCUUGGUUGGGUCGUAAACGUAAAACCAUUCCGACUCUUUCAAUAAAAGACUGCAUAAAUCAAUUAAAUCCACGGGAUACGAAACAACGCCCAGUCAAAGCCAAAGCCCCUUGAAUAAUGCAUAACUAGUUGAUCCGCUGCAUUUAAUGCCCUGUAAUAUAUUCCGGAUUAAGCAGUGAAUUGGCGGUUUUUAAAAUCCCAAUAGGUGUAAAUAUGUCACAAAGCAUUUCCCUAUGUAUUUCAAUAAUUCCAUGGAACAUUCUUUUGGUCAAAUAAACUCUAAACUAAACUGCACAGUCACCAAUCGUGUGACAAUUUCACAACCAACAACUAAUUGCGGCCAAACGCGAGGCUGUCUGUGUCUGUGUGUGUGUGUUAGCCAAUCUACAAUUUAAAUCGGCCAAUAGAGGGUCCAGUUCUGAUAGGGAAACACUCCACAAGCGCCGAUGGCGCGAGUGGUAAUCACAAUAGCGGCCAGAGCACUUGAUAUCCACAUGGCUCUUGGCGAUGAUAAUGUCGCGUUCACACCAUCCACCCAGCACACCCCCAACUCGAGCGAAAGAAAAAACAAUAAAGUUCAAUUGAAACGCUCACAUAGCCAAGCGAUUUGAGGGGGCCAAGCUAGACAAUCGAUUCUGUCAGUGGCCAGCGGCUGAAAUGUUGAAAUUAAUUCCAUAUGAGCGCGCAUAUCUCACCUUCGACAUCUGAUUGGUGUUGUUGGCCAGGUGUGCGUUUUGUAGAAUAAGAUACCUUCAACUGAACUGUCUGCUGUCAACUGGGCUGGGCCCACAGAGAUUUCGUUACUAAUUAUUUGUAACUGAUUGGAAAACUAAUCAACGCUGACCAAUAAAACUCGACUGGUAUUCGAUGGGGUUUUUAAGUUUAACGUCGUACCGUCUCUAGCCAGUUCAGUGAAAAUCUAAUCAGCCUAAGCCCAUAAAAUUCCCCAAAAGACCGGUGGGAAAAGGGCCGUUGUGUAAGGUUUCUAUUCGUACUUCACGUUACUUAGAAACUCGGAAGAAAGAAAAGUCCUCGGCGUCAUCGUGCUUGAGUACUUUAUAUAGUGCAUGGAGAGCUACUAUAUCUAAUCAAACCCCAAGGCGAGUGUAUCUAAUCAAGUGCGUGAGGAGAGUAUCUAAUCGUCCAGGGGCAGGAGAUACUCCAAGUGGACAGCCGGCAGUAUAUAUAUUUCCUAACAAGGGAUUACGUUAUUCGCUAAAACUUAGGUCAAUUCUAACGAAAUUCGUUGUACAAAUUAUUCGUCAUCAUCGGUGGCACGAAUAAAACUACUACUAAGUGUAACCUUAAAUAGUGACUGUACGAUCUACGAAUAAGCACACUAUCGUUUUCUAUGUUCGACUUUCAGUCGUAUUUUCCACAGUUACUAUGGAGAUUGCGUCUGACCACUGGAAGUGAGCUGAAAUCAAAAUAUUGAGCAUGAUUUAUAAAUAACUGGCUGUAAUAUAAUAAUAACAUAAUACGCCUUGACAUGAUAAUAAAGGCGAGACCAAUGGGAAAAAGAAAUGCGGCAAUGAACUGCAGCGAUAAAGGAGUUGUAUGUAGUGUUGGGGAGGGGCGGGGCGUAAAUCAAUUAACAGCUAACAAAGCAAUCAAGCUGUAUUAAUAAAAUCGAAGACUCAAAGGGGUUUUGGAAGAAGUAUCACAAAAGGCUUAUGCGAAGUCAUGCCAUGCCACUCAUUAAUUUGAUUGUGUCACAGUCGAGGGGAAGUGCCGAAAAUGCAUUCGAUAGCCGCCUCAGAUUGAACAUUAUUACAUUAUUAUUUCACACUCAUUCAGGUUAGAGUUGGAUGUGUCCCCUAAUGAACUUACCAUGUUGCAUACCCAACGAUUGGUAAUUGGAGCUCUUUCGAUUCCGGACUUUUCCACAUUUGUGUGCAUUAAUUAGUCAUACACUAAUUUCCAAUUCCGAUUUCAGUCAUGCAAAUGUUAAUUGACCACUUAAGUUAAAACUUCAUAAUGAUCGUUAAUAAUACCGAUGGGGGCACAUCUGGAGAGGAUGUCGUGGCUACGACAACUACGGCCAAAAGAAAGAACAGGUUCAAAACCCUAACUAACUAACCAGGCACAAAACUCGUAAAAGAUAUGCAGCCAAUACAGACGAGGCACACAAACCUUACCUUUUGCCACUUUGCCACUCUGCCACUUUGCUCACUAUGCGAUCUUUUGAAACCCGAGCUCCUCUGGAGCCCCGGGCUUUUAACUGUGCAUUAAUGAUCUUCUCAGCCAGCUCAUUUAUAUACUUUAGGCAGAGACACGACGGAAUCUCUGGGCUUAAAUAAUUUGUAACUGCGGUGUAAGAAAUAGCACAGCUUGGCAAAGAUAUUUCCCAGUCUAGAAACUGAGUCUUACUAUGCUGUUUGUGCAUAUCCAAUUACCCGUUGGUCUAGUAAAGUAAACUUGUUCAUAUUUAGUUACCGCAUGGAAAAUGAUCGACUUAUUUGCAAAAUUUGAUUAGCUUCUUAGCACAUCUUAAACACAUUUCAACAGUGUAUGUUAUUAAAGAACUCUUAACUUGGCAUUUCAUUUGAGCUGGCUCCCAUUUUGUUUAAAAAACACAAUUGAAUUCCCAGCAGUUAUCUAAAUUGAUCUGGUCAGCAGCCGAGGGAAGUGGAACUCAAAGUGCAAGCUCAUGGCUCAUAAUCAAGGGCACUGAAAACGAUUUCCUGCUGGCCCCCAACUUGAUUGCACUGAUUGCCCGAAAGGAGGAGGAGAGCUCCGGCCUGGUGACUCGUGCCGCCGAAACAAUGCGGCAAGGAAAGGUCUCCCAGUUUCAAGUUCCCUGUUCUUCCAGAGCUAGCGCAACUAACUCAGCGCCUCUUGGCCACAGGUAAUUGAACGCUGCCCCCAUUCCACCAACUCCACCUGAGCUACUGUGUAUCCCUAUGCCAUGGCUCUGCGACACGCCUGCUCUUUAGCAAUGCACAGGGAGAAAAAUGGAGGUGCAUUUUUUAUAUUUACAUUAGUAUUACUAUAGUCUAGUUAAUUUAAAAUGUUAUAUAUUUCAGAUUCAGUAUAUAAUAAAAUUGUUACAUUAUAAGACUAAAAACCCCAAAA